AUGGCAUUUAAGGCUGUGUCUGGAGUGAAUAAAAAUGUGUAUAGCACCUACACAUCUGUUCAGACAUCCUCUGAGAAAGUGUUUGCUGCUCUUGAAGUCACUAACAGGCACUUUAACCACUACAAAAACAGGAUCAUUUUAAAAUGGCAAAACAUGGGACCAUUGGAGGUUAUAUGAAUAUUUAAUUAUAAAAAUUAUUGUAGUAAAUUAUUUUUGCUAUCAUCUUAAAUCCAUGGCCAACAAGUGUUCUAUAUCCUGUACUAGUCCUGGAGAAGGUGUCAACCACUGGGGGGGUGGAGAGGGGUCCUAGUUGCAUGUCCGACUUGGCAGAGAAAUUUUAAAAUAACGUAAAUUAUUUUGUUUUUACGUUAGUAAUAGAAAUAAGAAUUCAUCCAAAUGCCAUAUUUUUUGCUUGAUCCUUCUUUAAGGCGAGAGUUGUCUUGUAUAAAGGAGGAAAACUGAUGAAGGAGCUGAAAUUCAAUGCCAAGGGAUCAAACAAACUCAACUGGUUUUCGCUCUCCAGACUGACUCAGAGCUCCUGGACUGACAUGAAGACUCAGCCAAACAACUACUUUUCAAUCCAUGGAGAUCCACGCAACGGCCGUCACUUCUUCAUUAACAGUGUCUAUGGUGGAUGUCCUAAAGAUGCUGGGUGGAUGGUGAUAACUGUGCCCCCAUACUGCGAUUGGGAGAAGCGUUUCCGGGCUCGUGAGAAUGUGAUACUUUACAGCAAGCUGUCUGGUCUUACCAACUGGAACCAAUAUGGUGAGUUAAUCAUU